GUGGUAUGUGUGGAGUUGGGCGGGUGUGGUCGUAGGCUCCACAGACGUGUAGGUCUCAACAGUGUCCAGGAUGUGGCGCUCUGCUGGUGGAACCAGGAUGAGUCCAGUGAGGAGCUAUGGCCCUGGACUCCCACAGAUACACACAGGAAUAACCUUGUCCUAAUCAGCUGCUCACCUGCUGAAGGCCUGAAGGUCCUAAGCUCAGUCCACACUGAAGGCAACCCUCUGGACUGCCGCUUCAGCCUGCUCCAGCCCUACCAGGUCCUAACAGUGGAGUUACCUGCAGGGCCUCAGGGAUUCAGAGAGGAGUCCUGGGCUGAUACCUGUGUGUAUGAAUGUGCACGAGGACGCCUGCACCGCCUUUCAGUCACCCGAAUCCCGCUGUCAUCUCACCCAGUCUCCUGCUCGCGUCACCCCUCUGAGACCACUCUGCUUCUUGGCUUAAGUGACUCCUCCUUAGUCCUGUGCGACCAACGACGCGGGAUCUCUUUCCUAGCCUCAUGCCCCGUGCCGGCCACCCUCCUCGCCUGGCACCCUGCUGGGGCUGUCGUCAUGGUAGGGGGAGGACAGGAGGAGCUGAUGUGCUUUGAUGUGGGCUUGGCACCUGUAAAUAUGGCGCUCGUAUCAGAGGAGGUAGCUUCAGCUCCCACGUUAAGACUAGCUCAGCACCUGCGCUGUUCGGGAGGCCUGGCAGGACUGCAAUGGGCGACUGGCUUGGAUGGAGGCCCAGAGGGGACAGAUAUGCUCACACUUUCUUUUCAUGGUGGACCACUGGCAGCUUUGAGAUUUAGACUAG